AUGACCACAAAAGUGGAACUGAACGCUUCUGCUAACGCAUCUGAACAAACGCAAAUCCCUAACCCGCCUCCUGAGCAUGUAGCAAUCAUCAUGGAUGGCAAUGGCCGCUGGGCAGCCAGUCAUGGCAAGCCUCGCAGCGAGGGCCAUCGCGCGGGUACGGAAAACCUCCGCCGCAUUAUCGAAGCCUUUAUCAGGCACGGCGUGCGCUACUUGACGCUAUUCGCGUUUUCAACCGAGAACUGGAAUCGUCCUGACGACGAAGUACAGACUUUGCUUGAGCUUGUGGAUAGUGUCAUUCGAUCCGAGGUGAAUGAACUUCAUAGUGAAGGCAUUCGGCUUCGGCACAUUGGAAGAAUUGACCGUCUUCCAACGGACUUGCGCCGCUCAAUCCGCGAAAGCAUCGAACUCACGAAGGACAACACGCGCCUGACCCUCUGUGUUGCCUUUGACUACGGCGGAAGAGCGGAGAUUGUUGACGCCGUCCGCUCUAUGAUCGCGGAUGAUGUGCAGGCCGAAGAUGUCAACGAGGACUUGCUCAGGCGAUACAUGUACACCAACGGCAUACCAGACCCCGACCUCGUCAUCCGCACAUCCGGCGAGCAACGAUUGAGCAACUUCCUAUUAUGGCAGGCGGCUUAUGCCGAAUACUACUCCACCUCUGUAUAUUGGCCCGACUUCAACGAGGCGGAAGUUGACAGGGCGCUCGAAGCGUACAGCAGGCGAAAGCGGCGCUUCGGCAAGGUACGCUAG